AUGAUGAGCUCCUCCUUAUCAAUCGAUGAGUUCCUAGAACCUUUGUCAGUCGAUAUUGACAAGAUCGAUGAACUAUCCCAGCAUUUUCUUGAAGCGUUCGAGAAGCUUGCCAGCGACUCUGAGAACCAGUUCUUACCAACACCAAUUUCAGAGGCUAUUCUGCGUCCAGAUGCUAAGAGAAGAAAAGGAUGUCACCUAGCCAUUGACAUAGGAGGUACGAAUCUGAGAGUGGGUUUUGUCCAACUCGGCAACGAUGCCGCGUCAUCUGCUACGCCUGACCAAACCAACGGGGAUAUAAGUAACGGACUCGGGGAGAGCUCUGUUACAAGGAAAGUCAGGAGACUUUUGGAGAAAUCAUGGCCCAUCGACGAGCAUCUGAAGAACGAAAACCCCGACAGCCUCUUUCUCUGGAUUGGUAAAUGUAUCGCCGAAGUCGUCCAAGAUGGGUGCAAGACGCUGCAACUUCAAUCCGACCAGCCAAUGCCACUCGGCGUAACUUUCAGCUUUCCUAUGGUACAGCAUUCGAUAUCGCGGGCCAAAAUCAUGCAGAUGGGGAAAGGAUUCGCAAUCUCCUCUGAUCAGGACCUAGGUGACCGACUUACCGAUGGAUACAACCGUGCAAAGACACCAGAGCUGCCGCCUAUUCGAGUCGAGGCGAUCGCCAAUGACUCAGUAUCAACACUAGUCUCCUUCAUCUUUAACUUUGAUGAAGCUCAAAACCGACGUGCUUGUAUGGGUUUGAUUCUAGGUACUGGCUGUAACGCAACGAUCCCCCUAAAGUUGAGCCAACUCAACUCAUCCAAACGUCCGCCUAGUGUUGUUGCCCGACCAGAAGAACGAGCAGAGGAUGUCAAGAUCGCGAUCAACACUGAAUGGAGCAUAAACGGCACUGCACCUCCCAUGCACAAGGUUGGGCUGGUCACAAAAUGGGACGAAGCACUCGAUAAACAAGGCGAGUUGAACAGCUUUCAACCAUUGGAGUAUCUAACUUCCGGUCGGUAUCUGGGUGAACUGGGACGAAUCAUGUUGGUCGACUACUUGACGGAACACUUAGGCAUUGCUGCAGAAACGUUACCAAAGGCGCUGCUACAACGGCACAACCUCACAACCACAUUUCUGAGUCACUUUAGACCUCUCCGACCAUCGGCUCUCAUGAACAGCUUGCAGCAAGAAUUCCCCGAAUCAUCAGGGGCAGCUCCAUUUGAAUGGACUGAAAAUAUUGCAGCUGCACUAUAUCACAUUGCCAAAGCAAUUGAGGUCCGAGCAGCUGGUAUUGUAUCUGCAGCAACAUUGGCAUUGUUAACUCUGGCUGGCGAAGUUCCCAAGGACAGAACACAAGCAUUGGAACGGGACUAUGAACUCGGCGUGGGCUACACAGGAGGAUGUAUUGUUCACUUUCAGGACUAUUUGCAGGACUGUCAGAACUUUCUCGAUCAGCUCUUGAGCAAGCGAUUCGGUAACGAGAGCCCAUUGAGAGUCGUACUCAGCCCGUGUCACGACGGAGGCGUUACAGGAGCGGGAAUACUUGUGGCUGCAGCAUCGCAGAGCAAGACGAUAAAGAAGUAG